AGCAGGCAUUUCCAGAAUUCACCACUCCACAAAUGCAUUCGGUGCUGAAACAUGGCAGCCUGCCUGCAGGCAUUGACUCAGACAUAUUUGAUGAGCGCUUGCUGCACCUCUUAGAGAUUGGCCGGGACUGCGUCGACAUAGAGUUGGUGCGAUGGGCUCUGCGUUUGCAGCCCGAUGUUGAUUUGCAUGCCCUCUUACAAAGCCGAAAGCACGUCUGCGGUGGCAGCAAUGCAAAGACUGGCCUUGUGCGUCCUUUGGGGGUUCCCUCCGUUCGCCCACGGUCCCCUUUGAGAGAUCAUGUGGACUUGCUGGCGCUGAGUAGAUUGAUAGCCGAUCUACUUGACAUUUACAUUGCCAAUGGAAACAAGCAUGUUUCAUACUGGCAGUUGCACGACCAACUUGCCUGGGAUGGCGAUGACUAUCGAUGCCUUCGUGAGCAUUUCACUCUUCCAAGACUUCUAGCGUGCUUCUCCUUGUUUGACCACAACUUUGGAGGGCAGCAGUGCGCGCUCAGCAAGAGGAACUAUGCAGUAUGGGGCGCUGAACGAGUUGUGAAGGGGACUCUGCAGAAGUGGCAGAACGACAUUGCUGAGCCGCUGGCUCCCAUGGAGUUCCAGGAUCCAUCUGUCAGAGGGCCUCUGCAAGAAGGACGCUUUCUAAGUUUUGUGGACGUGAUACGACAGCUACGCUGGACAGCAGAGUUUGCGCCGCAUGUGGGGGAGAUGUUAGAAUGGGCUUGGCAGACACCAGGUUUGGAGCUUGGCAUCCGACUCUCAUCCGCCAGUUUUGCCUGCAGAGACGUGCGAUGGGAGGACAAAGACAGGAGUGAAAAAGGCGCAUUGCAUGCAUUGGCGGAUCACUUGGAGACCAAGCCAGGCUUGUCUGAGCACAUUGCAGCUUUGCGCAGUAGUGUCCAUUGGCGAGAUUAUGGCUUGGGGCCUUUGGAGAAGUUUGUGCGGAAGUACACCGCAUGGUUCCAGGUCUCAGGGGACCGAAUUACGUUGUGCCACAAGAGUUGGAAGGGCGAUUCCAACCACACCGAAGCACACGCGGCUGGUCUGCCAUUGCCAAAGAAGGGAACAAACGAGGACAGUGACAUUGAUGACAGCUCUGACAUGGAGGGUGAAGAGCCUGAAGUCUCAUGUGCCUCGGAGAAAUGGCCAUCCUACCAGCGCCCCCCUCGGCAUUUUACUGCGGUCGAAGGCCACUGCUAUCAUGAGAUUUGUCAGAAACAAGCUCUCCUGGCACCUGGGCCAGAGCUUGGACUUCCAAAUGAUAUUGUGCUGCCUCACCUCCGCGGCGAUGCAAUGCUGUUCAAAGAGAUCGGUGAGCAGAUGGAACGCUUCAUGGAGCGGUGGGGUCCCCGUACUCAGGACCUGGAGCAAAGAUGGUGUGUCUUUUCCGAUAUCCAGCGAGCACUUGCGCUGAACCUUCGGUUGACGUGGCCGAAGCUGGAAGUGUCAUUAUUCGGUACAUCUGCCAGUGGGCUUGCCCGCAGAGAUUCCGAUCUGGAUUUGCUAUUGGACUUGGAUGGUGCAGGAAACCGGGAGCUACCUCGUUCCAAUGUCCCCAGCAUCCUCUCCCAGUGUGAGGAGGCUUUGGGUCGAGCAGGUGCUGAGGAGCUCCAGGGCAUUCCGAACGCAAGGAUACCGAUUGUGAGGGGCAAGAUUCAUGGGAUUCGAUUCGACUUGUCCUUGGGCACAACGUGUGGACUGUGGAACACUGCCUUCUUGCGGGAAUGCCUGAAGGAUGAUCCAGGAAGAGUGAUGGCUUUGUGCAGUUGCGUAUCAUCCUGGAGCAAAAUGCGCGGUGUCAAUGAUUCGCCCAAUGGCUUGCUGAGCACCUACUCUGUAUUGCUCAUGGUGAUAUUUUAUCUGCAAAUACGGGGACAUUUGCCAAGACCUCCGGCAGAUUUCAGCAAGUUGAAAUUGGACGACGCACCAUACGCGCCUCCAGUUUCAAGUCUGUCUCACGAAGAGCUUGGACGUACAUUGGUCGACUUCUUUACUUUUAUAUGCAGCUUCAGGUGGGACUGUUGGAUUGCAUCUGUGCGAUGUGCCACGGCAUUGCCACGCAGCAGCAAGGGCCGUGCUUGGCGAGUGGCGCCACUGUGUGUGGAGGACCCCUUCGAAACACAUCUGAAUACUUGCAGGCGUGUGAAUCCAAGAGCUCGGCGACAGAUCUUGGGCGCAUUUCAAGCAGCCUUGAGGAGACGGUGGGGAUGUUGAGGGAAUCGUCAGCAGCGGAGAUUUCAACUUUCGAUGAGCUCAGAACAGCGGUGGCGCGCAACAUUGGCAAAAAUGCGCCCUGCUGCAGAUCCAGGUCACAUAUGAUUACAUGAUGGCGAUGGCUGGACCUAGACCUCCAAACUACAUGAGUCUACAGACUCCAGACCAGGAGCAACCUGCACAUUCACCGUCCUGCACCAUUGCCCCCAUCAUGAAGAAGAUUAAAGCCUGGGGCCCGGCUUUCUAGACCUAAGAUGUUUGGCGGCGUGAUGAUGCAGAUUUUAGCGGAUUGAGGAACAACUUACUCGUACUUUAUUAGUGAAUGAUGAAGACAAGAACAGAGUUCAGAAUUCAUGAUGAUAAGGCCUUGUAAUUGCGCAAAUUUCAAGGAUGUGCAAAGCUCAUAGUGAUAGUGCGUGUGGCAGGUGAAUGACAGGGUUGUAGUUUUGAGAUUGUCGCACGGCAACCAGAGGUGGAGGCCAAUCCUGAGAUGGGCAGUGUUCUCUUUUCUUGGCAUCCAGUGGCGCCUUUUCCACCCCAGAAUACAUGAACUUUGUCAAGUUGUGUGACGCCCUAUUGUGGCGGCCGCCGGAGCUUGGGCUCCAUGCAUGAUCCAACAGCAGACGCCAGGCGGGAUUCUAGCAGAGUCCUGUCAGGUGGGUCGUGGCAGCCAGACCAGUGAAGGAAUGGACGGCUUCUCAAGCCCUGCACCGACAGUGAAGACCGCUGUGAAGACCACAGUGAAGAUGUGGGCUCCGCAAAGUAGACUUUUGCCACUGUUGGACCGUCCAUGGACGUACGACCAUGUAGACUCAACACAAACAUGUCCCAAGCUGGCUGAAGGAGAUUUUGAUGUGGCCUGUGGCUCGAGUUAUUUCUUUCAUGCUUGUGUCCCAGACCAGCCUUUAGUUUCUGCAUCGCCAUGCUUCAGGCAAGUGCACACCUCAGUUUCAUUCCC